UCCGAAGCAAGUGCCAACGAUUGCUUGUUCUUCCAGUCUUACUAUUGACUCACACACUCCACUGACCUUGCAGUGUUCCGAUCAACUAGGCCUACAUGAGAAUAGCUUCAACCAUCACCACAGUCAAUAUGAGAUAACUCAUUCAGUUGAACCUCCGGCCUUGGGUCUUUUAAGGAUAGAAACAUUCAUGAACAGCUCCUCCUUGCUGACUGAAAUUGUGAAUCUCACUAGAAGGAGCAUUCCAUAUGCGAUGGAAGACCAGGUUGUGCAGAUUACAACACAGUGCUGUAGGAAUGAGUCGUUACUACCCUGUCUUGCAGCCGACCUUUGCUCCAGCAUUUGUAAUACCACGGUCUUCUAUCCACCUUCUGACCUCGACUUGAUCCGAUCCCCAUCGGGACCUUGGCGGGAAGGAUGGAGGAAUGCCUCCUUGACGUGCAGAUCUAAUGGCUUUCCACCACCCCGUGUCUCCUGGAGGAAAGUACAAGAGGACACCUCACCUGGGAUUGUCCUGGCGAACGGGACGGGGUCAUCCAGGUUGUCUUUCAGGGAGCUGGAUCAUGGACAGUCUGGAGUAUAUCGGUGUGAAUCCCAUGGCUACUUAGAAAGAACAACAGCAAAAUCAUUUAAUAUGUCAGUACAAUAUCCUCCUGAAAUUGAUCGCCGGAUAUCCUCCGUUCACGCAAACGAAGGAAGCGUCGCCACACUUCCGUGUAUCGUAGACGCCAAUCCUUCGACACAGUCAAUGAUCACGUGGCAUAAUCAAAACCAAUCACGCAUCGUCUCCGAAAACCCUUUCUUGAUCGCCCUGGUCAGUCUGGACGGUACAUCAGGACGCUUGGAAAGCAAACUUUCUUUCAUAGUCGACAGAAAAUUGUUUGGAAAUUACUCGUGUACCGCGAAAAAUACUUUAGGAUCAGAUUCCAUCAUCAUUCAGCUUUCGGGGUACUCCUAUCCAGACACCCCGUACGAUCUCCAAGUUAUCAGCUAUUCGGAUACAUCCCUCAUCCUCUCUUGGACGGCUGGGCAAGACGGUGGCUUGCCAGUCGCCUUUACGGUUACUUACUGUUCCAACAUCUCUCAAGUUGAAAGGGUGUGCAAGAUGAAGCAAGCUAUUCUGACGACACAUGUUGUGGUGACAGAACUCAGAAGCUAUACAUCAUACAGCAUAACGUUGAUCGCUGUAAAUGGCGUGGGCAACAGCAAGGCUGGCGCUGAAAUCAUUGCGUCUACUGCUCCGGGAACCCUUGCAUUCUACGGUAUUACAGCAAGGUACGAGAUGUCGAGUGGAAUUAUAAAGCUAUCUUUUUCUGAACUACGUCCACUUCCACCCGACCUGUGCAUAUACGCAGAGUUCCACGUUGGUGGAUUUCGACACCGGAACGAAACAUGUUUACGUCCGGGUCAGAUAGGUCACAUUCAAAAUGGCGCACGAGAAAAUCAGCUGUGGCUCGUCAUCUGCGGAAAGGGUGUAUGCAGUACACGAUCAUCCGCGACGUAUACAGAUGGCGAUACUGAUUUAUGGAGACUCAUGGUCAUUGUGGUACCUGUGUUCAGCUGCUUUGUAGUGUGUAUAUUGCUGGUCCUUCUGGUCGCCUGCAUUCGAAGGCGUAUUCGAAGACGACGAAUGGCGUAUCAACUGGAUGCGAUCCAGCCUGGGAAAUCCCCCGCCGACUGUCCGCCCAGGAUACUUCCGUCACCACCUACCAAGCGUUCUGGAGAGGCCUCAGAGUCGCCCACUACUCCUGAAUGUACAGAGACAAUAAUUGGUGAAGGUUAUGAGAUGAUGGAAAUAAAAUGUGCGGACAAGGUGCCACCGGUUUCAUACUUGCUUCCUGGUAGAGCCCCACCAAGUGUUAGCGGCCAUCCACAAAGACCACCUUCUGGAGACGACAGGGCGUUGUCUGCCAGCAACCAAGGCUACGUGCCGAUGGACAACACAUGUAUUGAAGGAAUAUACAUGACUCAUCUGCGCCAUGAUCUCCGACCAGAGGUAGAGGAUGAAAGCACUUCCGGAAGUGGAGCACCUGACUUGAAAACCUUUCCCUGGACAAAGGAAGGUAUAGCUGACGAUAGUGACGGCGACGUCUAUGACAUCGACAGUUUAAAUGAUACCUAUGCUGUGGGUGAACAAGGCGAAAGUGAGGUUCUUCAUCACGAAUAUUUGAAGGCUUCUGGGAGUCAAGCAUCUAUGGUUCUUGAAACCGCGGUUUGACAUGCUAUGGAUUCAUCUUGAUGACUCGCAACGUUGGCAUAAUGCUUGUCGACGGCUUCAACACUCUAAUCCAUGGGCCGUGGAACCGGGGGAUGCAUCGGAGUGCUUCAGCCUCCCCCUACUUUUUCAAAAACCGUGUACAUCUGAUUGUGAUGUUUGGGGGUAUACUCAGCCCCCCCCCCCCCCGCACACGCACACACUUUCAAAGCCGUUCUGCCGCCCCUGUAAGACAUGACAUUCUUCCCAAACGGUUAUAGUAGGUUUGUUGAUGGUGAUUAGGCACUGAGAUGAUUUGAAAAUAACAUGUCAGGUCAUUGAAGCUGUUGCCAUUAGGUUAAUAUUGGAGUUACUGAAUGAUCAAUCCACUUUUUAACUCAAUGUGUCCCAUAAUGUUCUGUAUCCGGUUCCGUCAUGUUUAUUCAACAUACCUUCCAACAAAUAACUAAAAUAUAAGGACAUAAAGAGGAUACGGAAUUAUAAGAGUUGAAUAGCUUUAAACUGAACAGUGCUAAAAAUGGGGUUCUUCCAUGUUCUUACGUUUUUGAGAAACAUUAAAUCUAGUCCUAAGAACCUGAGCGAAAUACAAUUCAAGCAAACGGCUUUUCGAAUUCAAGCAAAUGGAUAUUGGAGAAAAAAAACCUGGUUGUGGCCCUAUAGAAUGUUUCAAAAAGUUAUGACAUAAUACUACAUGCAAUUUUUUAUUUUUUCUAUUACGCUUUUGUUAAAAACCGUUAAUGAGAAGUAUAUAUUAUUUACAUAUAUCAAUAUAUUUCAUCACUGGAUACCUUGUAUCUUUUAUGUAUAAUACAUUAGUACGUAACCAUGGUAACAGCGAUAAUAAAAAUUAUGAAAUUUUUAUAAAACUCG